AUGGGCCGAAUACUCUCGGUCAUCGCGCUGGUGGGAAGUCUCACACACGCACAACCAACAGACCCCAGUCUGAAGACAGGCUCUGCGCAACGGAAUUAUCAUGAGAACGCCGGAGUGCUGCAAUAUGUCAACCCCUUAAUCGGGACAUACGGGACCACGCCAAAUGGGAAUGGAGGCAUGAUACCCUCUGUCGCACCGCCUUUUGCAAUGACGCGCUGGACUCCACAGACCCGAGAGAACUUCAUCUCGCAAGUUCCCUACGGGGACAGCGACCGUCUCAUCCAUGGGUUUCAAGCUACCCAUCAACCUGCCAUCUGGAUGGGCGAGGCGGGUCAAAUAGUACUGAUGCCCGGGAUGGGUGACGUGCAAGGCCUCUUUCAGAACCGAGGUCUUGCCUUUCGGAAGGCAGACGAGCGAAGCACCCCGUAUGUAUACGAGGUUUUCUUGGAUGCCACGCAACUGAUGAAUCGUGACUGGAAUGCUACCGCGGAGGCUGUGGGUGACGGACCAGUUCCCGGGGGCGCUGGCGCAGUACCCGAUACGGUGGAAGAAGGUGCCAAUGGACGAACAAGACGAGGGUUCACACUACCGGAGCCCUUAAGUGGUAGGGAGAGGCUCGAUCAAGCGGAAUACAAGCGCUCUAUCCAAGUUGCUCUGUCUGCUGAUUCCCACGUGGGCCAUAUUUCAUUCGAAUUUCAGGAAUCUGACAAUAUAUCUGAGAAUGAAAGGCUUGAGCCUUGGGUGUUCAUCCAGGUCUCUCGCCGGAAUUGGACGGGCGAGGUUCACAUCGACCCCAAAAGGAAGGAGAUCUAUGGAUAUAAUACAGAGCGCCAGGAUUACCUUCUUGGACCCGAUCAUGCGGCAGGUUUCAAAGGAUAUUUUGUAUCACGAUUCUCGGAGACAUUCGAUGCGAUGGGAGUCACAGCCGGAAAUGAAACCUUGGAAUAUGGACGACAAAGGCACGGCAACUUCACUGGAGCCUAUGUCAAAUUUUCUAAAGCCACAAGUAGAGUUGAGGUUCGCACUGGUAUAUCUUACAUCAGUGUUGAGCAAGCUCGAAAGAACUUAAAUAUUGAGAUUCCUGAUGGGACUCCAUUCGAAAGUACUGUUGCGAAUGUGAAAGAGUCUUGGCUCGAAAAAUUAGGCCGUGUGAGCAUCGAAGGAAUCAACAAGACUGAUCUGAACCAUGAUCCUCGCACAGUUUGGUAUACGGGUCUGUUCCACUCCUUGCAAUAUCCCAGCGACUUUUCCGAACCAACCUCAAACGAAGAGGAUGCACCGCGUGCCUUCUAUUCUGGAUAUACGGACCAAGUCCACGUUGGAAAUGACUCAUACUACCAGUCCUGGUCAAUCUGGGAUACAUAUAGGGCGGAACACUCAUUGCUGACUAUAUUUGCCCCCGAGCGUGUGAAUAGCAUGAUGCGUACAUUGCUUCGUAUUUUCGACUGGACUGGAUGGCUACCCAUGUGGGCCAACAUGGUUGAGACUAACAUCAUGAUUGCAACAAAUGCAGAUGCGGUGUUGGCCAACGCAUUGGAACGUGGCUUUCGAGGAUUUGAUAUUUCUAAAGCUUGGUCAGCUGUGAAGAAAAAUGCCUAUACACCACCAGAGCGGGAUACAGAGCUUCUUUACUAUGAUCGUGAACCAUAUACCUCCUACGAAGCCCGGGCUGGUCUCACUGCCUAUUUGAAACAAGGGUGGGUGUCGAAUGAUGGAUGGUCCGAGUCUGCGAGUCGUACAUUAGACUACGCUUUCAAUGAUUAUGCUUGCUCAGUUGUCGCCCAACAUGCUGGGGUUGACAAGAAGACAAUCGCAGAACUUCAAGCUCGUAGUCUGAACUACGCUCACCUCUGGAACAACGAAACACAAUUUAUGCAAGCUCGCAAUGCAAACGGAACCUGGGCCAACAACACCUGGGGCUGGACCGAAGGCGACGAUUGGGUAUAUACGUUUGACGUGAUGCAUGAUGUUGAGGGACUCGCUGAUUUAUUCGGAGGUCAGGAACCCAUGCGUGACAAGUUGGACUCUCAUUUUCAAGGCGGACACAAUGAGCAAAGCAACGAGCCAAGUCAUCAUGUGCCAUAUUUGUACUCUUCCCUUGGCUUUCCAUCCCAAGCUGCAGAUGAGAUCCGAAAUAUUGCCUGGUCCAACUAUAACGCCACUAGUGGCGGACUUAGUGGCAAUGAAGACCUGGGCCAAAUGAGUGCUUGGUAUAUCUUUUCAGCCAUGGGAUUUUAUCCUGUCAACCCCGCAAGCGACGAGUACGUUGUGGGAACACCCUUUUUCGAGAAAAUAUCCAUUACAGUCCCUUCCGCAGCCGCUGAAGGAGGUAUCGAAAACCAACAGACGGACAAGGUUCUAGUUAUUAGUGCACCGAAUGCACCCACCAAACCUUACGUGAAAAGCCUGCACAUUGAUGGGCGAGAAGUAACCUUGCCUGUUAUAUAUCACAAAGAUAUUGUCCAGGCAUCACACAUCAGCUUUGAGAUGAGUGAGAUUCCCACGCCCUGGGGAACAAAGCCGUUGUGGCAAGAGGGAAUGCAUGUAUUACACUAG